UUUUCUUCAAUUCAUAUGCUUUUCAAAACAAAAACAAAAAUUAAUAAACCACUAUAUAUAGAGUCCUCUACUCUUCACCUACAUUCUCAUAUUUGGUUUCUUUUCUUCUGCGAGGUCUAAUAACCUCGUAGAGUUAAGAAACCCUCCUUUCAUUUUCUCAAAAAAAAUAUUUUUUUUUCUUUCUUGUACUUUUCUAUCGGUAGGAAAUUCUUUAUUUGAUUUACUAAUUGCUAUAGUUAUUGUUUUUGUUAUACAAUUUUGAGAAAUGGAGGUACAUUCACAGGUCGUAGGCAAAAGACUAUGGAAUGGGUUAAGGAUCACAUUCUUUAUGUUGAGAAAGAGUCUUGUUUCAAAGAGAAAGAUGAUUAUGGACAUGAAUUUGAUGAUGAAGAAAGGAAAAGUGUUUCGAAAAUCUUUGAGCAAUCUCAUGUCAUCACAUAAUCGUCACCAUCAUCAUUCAUCAAAGAAUUAUAGUGGUAGAUUUAUGGUACAUGAUUAUGAAUUCUCUUGUAGCAAUAGUCCAAAUCCCCUUUUUUUCAACAUGUCAAAACGUAAGCAUCAUUUCACUUUCCCUUGUAUUAAUGCUCCGGAGGUUAUUGAAGAGGAACAUUUACGUUGUCAAUAUCAAUUGUCACCACUCGAAUUUGAAAUUGAAAAUGUGUCCAAGAGUAGUGUGGCCAUGGUGCCUAAAACUCCUGAAUUCACAUUCAAUUUUAGGUUUGAUUCAUCUGAAGAGAGAAAAAGUCCACUUCUCUCACCUUUCUCUGUGAGGAUAUCUAAUUAUUCUACACUGGAUGAAAAUGAAGUAAUUGAAAAUUGUCAAGUUGAUGAUAUGGCUGAAGAUUUCAUCAAAAAGUUUUAUGAACAACUAAGGGAACAAAAACGUGUGCAAUUAUCCGAAUUUUAAAAAUGGUCGGCGAUUGCGGUUUGGAAGGUGACAUCAAGGAUCGCAGCUUUAAACACGCUGAAUUUCAUUAUAACUCUGCAAUAUUAAUGAUUGUAAUGUUUAACGUCACCAUAAUUACUUUUAUCGUAAUUUAAAACUUUGUGAAAUUAGUGAUUACAAUGAUACAAAGAGAUUUAAAGAUAAACUAAAUAUAGAUAUAUA